AUGGACAUCAGGCCGCUUCUUGUAAUACUGUCUGUGUGUGGGCAAAUGGAGGCCAUGACUGUAGACACUGAUUAUGGUGGAUUGCCUCUGCAGAUCAACCAAUUUCUAGGCGAGCCCCCAGUUUUCACUCUUAGGAAUCGAGUGAACUUGAGCUGGUCAUGGAUGGUAAGGGAUCAGAACCAUUUUGCGAAAUGUGACAGUGCAAGUGGGCUGGAGCAGUUUCCUGAAAGUCUUCCUUCCAGAACACACUACAUUUUCCUUCAGGGUAGCAUAGCCACUGGAUUUAAUGCUAAAUCCUUUCCUAAUACCACUACCAAUUGACCCUGGCUCAUUUUGGACCAAAAGCUGCAGCUUCUCAGUCAGGGACUUGAUGGUAGGUCACUGUUCAAUCUGACCAAAUUAGCGAACCUCUUCAUGAGCCAUAACAACUUGACCGAGGUGUCAGCAGGGCUGCUUGAUGGACUCAAGCUAAGACUGGCUUACAAUCAAAUUGAGAAAAUUGGCCCUGGAGCUUUCAAGAACUUACAGAAUCUAACACUGCUUCUGCUUCAAGGCAAUCUUCUGAAAACUACUAGAGAAACUGACUUCCAAGGCCUUUCAAUCCUCAACCUUUUGGACCUCAGUCAGAAUGCCCUAGACACUUUCCCCAAACAACUGCCUCCAUCUGUUCGGCAGCUAUACCUCUCAUACAUCGCUUUUACAGGCAUGGCUGAGGACAGCCUCCAAGGCUUUAACUAGACAUUCUGUUAUUUGUGUCUAUGCAACAACUAGCUGAAAAACAAUGGUCUGGCCCCUGAUGUCUUUCUAGUGGAAAUGGACCUCUCCUUCAACCAGCUAACUGAAAUCCCAGUUGUUCCCACCACCCUGCAUUACCUUUCCCUUGAAGUUAAUCAUAAUAGAGAAUGUAACAUCAGCAGUCUCUGCAGGACAGUGGAUCUAAUGUCAUAUUCACAUAUAAAGAUAUUGCGGCUUGAUGGCAUGAAGAUUGAGUAUCAUCAGCUACUUCCUGACUUGGUCUACUGUCUCAGAAUUCUUCAAAAUAUUUAUAUCUGA